AAUGAAAGUUCUGAUUGGUUUUUGAGUAUUUAAAACUUGUCUAUUCUGCCCGUUCCUUCAGUUCUGGUAUGUGUUGCAUAUUAAACUGACUGAAAAGUGCUGGAUCAAACUUCAGCUCUCUCAAGCUGUUCGACCUUUGGGUUACAUUCAUUACUCAUUAUGAGUGGACACACGAUCCCUGCUAUGGCUGUAGCAGAAUCACACGAGCAGAAUCAAAAGUGAAACUUUCACUUUACAAAGUGAAAGCAAAGAAAGAGGUUUCACUGUCAGUGCCGUUAAAUGAAACGAUCGUACUUUUGAAUAAUGAAACUAAACAGGACAGAACCAAAAUGGCUCUUCACACUGAUUCUUGCAUUUCACAUCACAUCUGUACAGAUUGAAGCUUCUCAUGAUGAUGAUGUGAGAAUCCUGAUUGUGGGAAUCCGAGGUGACUCCAGAUUCAGCGCUGCAGAUAUUCUGUCAGGAAGGACAGACGGUGGACAGGAGGACAGAGAGAUUGUAAAGACUCCAGUAAUUACAGACGAGGGUCGUAGAAUGAUGCUGGUCACUGGACCAAACCUCUGUGAGGAGGACACAGCGAGACAGAGCUUCACAACAGCGCUGUUCCUCUCGUCUCCUGGACCUCACGCCGUUUUAAUGGUCCUGAAUCUGGAAGAUGAAGAAUCAGAACAGUGUGAUGUUGUGAAACGAGCCCAGGAGCUGCUGGGAGCAGAAGUUCUGCAGUACUGCAUUGUUCUUCUGCACCAGGAACGUUUCACAGGAGCGUCCAGAGGGAUCGCUGGAGAAAUGAUCGACGCAUGUGGAGGCAGAUUUCACAUGAUAAGAGACUCUAAACCUAAAACAGCAGCUCUCGUAGCGGAAAUAGACAAGCUAGUUUGGCUCAAUGGAGCAAAACGUCACUCAACAUUGAUUGAGAAACAACAGUUACAGUCAGAAAAGCUGGACCUUUUGAAAAAACUACAAGAAAUAGAAAAAAUCCUUAAAGAAAAAGCCAAUCAAAAUGUAAAUUAUGAAAAUCUGUUCUUAUCUAUAUAUGACACUCUAGGAGGAGCAGUUGGAAUUGUAGGAUGGAUUUUCCUCAUUUCACUUGCCGUACUUGUUAUUUACACUAAAGGAAAUAACAAACCUUUGAACUUUGGGGCGAAAUUUGCUGUACUUGUAUUGCUUAUGGUCUAUCUAAGAUAUGUUCUGAGUCCAGAUGUUGCUGUACCGCUAAAUUUGGCUUUGAUAACAUCACUAGCAACAGUACUUACAACAGACCCCAAAUCAAUCUGUUUCCCAUUUCUGGUGGGUUCAGCUCUGGUCUUUGGGACUAUUAUCAGUGUCAGGUCGUGGUCAGAUGUGCUCAUAGCAUGUCACGCUGCUCCUGGAGUCACAUAUGGGGCUGUUAAACUCUCAUUUUCCAAAAAAACUAUUAGACAUGAAUCUCCUGUCUUUGCACUCUGGUCAUUUAUGUGUUGUACCAUUGGGGCGACACUCUCAAUGGGGUUUGUGACUGUGUUUGCUCUGCUUGAUGUGAAGAUGACAAUAAUGCUGCUAAUGUUUGGAUUUACAAUGGUAUGUUGGCAUUUAAAGAGUGAAACUCUACAGGAUGUGAUCGGUUCAACUGUUCUUACACUGUUUUUUUCAUGUGGUUGUGUGCUCAUUGGUUCAGUCUUUCUUUUUUUUGGGCUGAUGAUGAGUUUUCUCAAAGUACUAAUACAAAGCUUGGUCAGUUCUUACUUAUUUUAUGUAGGAUUACUGUUAAUAGUAGUAAUGCACCAAAUUUUCAGAAACCAAACAAUUUUGGCCGUAACAGCAAUUUUCGGUUUGGGCCGAAAUGGUUUUGGAGGGCCAAAAUCAUUGCCCAAAACAGUGACGUUUAAGUAGAGCUUCUCCAAUUUGAAUCAAUAUUGAUGUUUUUUUAAAUCACGAAAUUUUAUGCUGCCUUCACGUGUUAUCGGAAAUUUGAUAAUUCCCAUUUCUGAAGUCGUGAUUACGAGCUAAUCGUUUAAAAAUGGGAAGGCGUUCAAUGUGCAGUUUUUACAUAGGAAACUUGUAUUUACGAUAAUUCAGAGAGCACAUGAAGGUAGCAUUAGUCUAUGCUGUUUUCUGUUGAUGCAUACACAUUAAAGGUGAUAAAGAGGAUCUUUUCGUCGACUGAGAAACCAAAGACUAUUUUUGAAAUGAGCGCAUGCGUAAGAACAGCCCCCCUCCUUCACAGCUCAUUUAGAGGGAACGCCUCACAAAAC